AUGUCAGGCAAUUCAGACCCGUCCAUGUUGACCAGUCACAGAUCCAGCUCUGUUAACGGAACCAGUGAUCCUGACAGUGUCUCCUUCUUCAUCCUCCAGGGCCUCUCCAGCCUCGGUGACAGACCGAUGAUCCCGUUUGUCAUCCUGCUGCUGGGUUACGUCAUCAUCCUGGGAGGAAACAGCAUGAUCAUCUUUGUGACACUGACUGAUCCAAAGCUCCACUCUCCCAUGUAUUUCUUCCUCUGCCACCUCUCCUUUGUGGACAUAGUCUACACCACCACCACCAUCCCCAAAAUGCUGGCUGGCUUCCUGUCAGAUGUGUCAAUCAUCUCAGUCCCAGGCUGCUUCCUCCAGAUGCAUUUUUUCAUGCAGCUAAACUGUACCGGUCAUGCCAUCCUGACUGUCAUGGCAUACGACCGUUAUGUGGCCAUCUGCCACCCUCUGCACUACACCUCCAUCAUGACCCGACGUGUCCAGACGCUCCUUAUAGCAGGAGCCUGGGGCUUCAGCACCUUCUGCCCAUUGCCGGUGACCACCAUUGCCUUACUCCGACCUUACUGCGGUCCGAAUGUGGUCAAACAUGGCUGGUGUGACUUCUCAUCUGUAAGGCGACUGGCCUGUGCUGACACCUCAGUGGAUAACAUUGUUUCCCUUUUCUUUGCCGCAUUGUCUUUACUGAUCCCAGGAGUCCUCAUCCUGACCUCCUAUGUCCUGAUUGGCAUUUCACUAUCAAGGAUGGGUGCUGGUCAGAGGCUGAAGGCCUUCAGGACGUGUGCUGCCCACCUGACUGUGGUGUCCAUCUCGCCAUCAUGA